UUGUCCGAUUCAGUUGUUUUCCAUUUUUGCCACCAACUUCCAGUGUAUUCAUACUCGAUAUCGUAUAACGCUGCCAUCUUAUUCGAUCUACACCACAGAAACGGCUUCUACCCACUUUUUGGCUGUCGAUGGAAUUGGGCAGCAGAUCAAGAGGAAGACGAGGAAUCCUUAGCUGGCACGGGAGGGGCAAAUGGCGCUCCUGGGGGUAAUGUCACGGGUGGUGGCUUGAAUCGUGUUGAAAGCACAACCUUACCGAGUCUUGCACAUUCAUCAGGGACUUCAGCUGUGCCUAGCGCUUGUGUUUCUCGAAAACAUUCAAAUGUGACAAGAACAUCAGAUACCACUCAAGGAGCUCAUCCCGUUAUAGAGAACGACAAAGAAAGUUCGGAGCAAAAACCGGCUACCGGUGCACUGGGUGGUCGAUCCACCAGCCUUGGCGAGUAUCCUACUUCGCGACAGUUUGCGGCGCUAAACCGAGCGAGGCAGAGCGAUGCUGGUGUUGCUCAGUUCCAGAAUGCGUCUGCAGGGUUACUUGCAAGAAAACCAUCAAAAGAUGGCUCUGUUCCUGGCCAGAAAUCUUCGGAAGGAACUAUACCGGAAACUGUUGCGGACUCCACACGUGGCCAGUCGCCAUCACCAGCAGUUGCCAGGUCCGGUGUGUUGCUUUCGGUUGACACAACAAUGGGUUCAGUUGAACUAUCCAAGUUGGGGACUGCUCAAGCAAACACGGUCUCACUUCAUAGAUCUGCUUCUCCGGCGCCUUGUGCCCCGACUGCUGAUGGUUCAGAAAAAAAUGCCCAUAUUACUGCAACGGAUGCCGGUGCACAUGAAACGCAGUGUUCAGUGGACUCAAAACCAACGGUUGUUGGCGGUGCGAGUCUAGCUGGGGGCAAACUCGAUACAUCAGCUUUCGGCAUAGUUCGUGAGGCCGGCAGUCUUCCAGAUCUGAGUCAACUGAAGUCGUCUUUGGAUUUACAACCCGACGAUACCGUCAAACGGGUCACGAUCACGGGUACUCCACUGGAUGCAGAUGCGGCCAAGGUAACCCGACCAGGGGUGGGCCAUAAUCAGGAAGAUGCUGAGGAUGGUUUAGAUGAGGAGAAAGAGGAAGAAGAGGAGGAGGAAGACGAAGAAGAAGAAGAGGAUGAAGAAGAAGACGAGGAGGAGGAUGAUGAUGAGGAGAAGAAAGUGGUGGAUACACUGGAACGAUUUGAGCCACCAACUGUACAUGUGGUUGCCCCAGAACGAGCACCAACACAUCCGGCUCUGUUCACCCACUGCCAGUAUUUCUACAUCGGUGCUGGUCGGUGGCAGGUCUAUGUGCAAGUGUGGUUUGUGGAAGAUCGGCUUAAACGUGAGGCCUACGUACAAGUAUUCGACUACGAGUGGCACGAUUACGAACGUGUGGCUGAUUUGUUUGAAGCUUCACGUUGCCUCAAUCCGGUUGAUCGACCCAGUUUGGUUAGACUUUUGUCUUUGGCUCGGCAUAACUGCGCUCUGAUCGAUGGUGACUUGCAAUUCCCGGGCAGCAAAGGCUCCGCGCGACAGCAGAUCGACCGGAUUUUGACUCGAUUCAAUGUGCUGCCAUUCGUUCGGGUCGGAGAACUCUAA